AUGUCUGUGCCGCUGCCAGCCGGUGGAGCAGCAGUCGAGAGCGUCCGUUCAGCUGGGGUGGAGAGAGCCAUCGCCUUCUCAGCGGGAGAUCGCCGUGACGGAGAGAGGAAAAGAGAGAGACGCAGACCGGGAUUGCAGGCUGGAUUCACCACUCGGCCGGAGGAGGAAGCCCGCCUGGUCUCUGUCCAGGGAUCGCCCGUGGAGUUUCUUGCAUGGGGAUGGCCUCACUUGCAAGCAAACAAGCGACAAGCAUUGCGAUCUGGGUGGUUGGCGGCGGGGAAUCUUAAUUUCCCACGUUCGGUCGCCCGUUUUCGCCUGUUGAGCUUUUUUAACCAUCCGAGUUCGACGACAAACAGAACAACGCUGCCCAAUCAGCCGGCGCAUCCAUCCGACACGCAGCCAGCAGACACCCGUAUCAUGCUCGGUUGCUGA